AUGGGAACCGUGGGGGACAAGGCCUGGACCACAAUUCGGAGUGCUUUUGCCCUUGCGACUCCGAGGCCCAACGCCUCCUUUCACCACUCACUUAACAGUGCUCUUCAUUGGCUCGCUCAACCCACCACCACCCACCUUUGUCAGUUGAUAUGCUCCUUUGACCUCCACAUCAAUGAGUUCAAAUGGGUGCCACCCCCCUCCUACUUCGACGCCCACUAUAUUCACAGCCUCUCUGGCAUCACUCUCGGGGUUCUCAAAGGUUGCCUCUGCCUCUGCUUUGUUGCCCCUGCAGCCGCCAUAUUGAAGACGUGGUUCAUGCGAGACUACGACGUGCAGCACUCUUGGAGCCUUUCAUUCUACAUUGAUAUCAACUCUUAUUUUGGCUUGAGGAUCCCGGACCGCCUCCGACCUAUUGCCUUCGCUAAUAAUGGUGAUAUGUGGCUCAAGGAUGACUAUCCUUUUGAUUCAUACUCUCUUGUUUCAUAUUCUUCACAGACUGGUUCCUUCAAGGAUGACUGGAGAUGCUUACGCGUGACCCACACGUACGCCUAA